AAGGCAGGACGUGUUGUGGUUUUGCGGUUUUUGCAGAAAGACUGAGGAAGUUGCUGUUUCUGGGAAGAAACCCUAACUUUGAACUUUUUUAGGGCUCACGAAUUGGGAGAUAUUGUGGUUGGUUGCACAGAAGAUAUCUGAUUGAGGACGCUGAUGUUAUAAAUUAGAGAUUUGAGGGUGUUGAUUUUUGGGAUUGAUUCAUCAUCCAUAGGCUGUUCUGGUUAUAACAACAUUUGCGCUGGAGUGGUUGGGGGUACCUGCAGUAGGAGCCAUGUCAUCCUUGAGCCGGGAACUAGUUUUCCUAAUCCUGCAAUUCCUGGAUGAGGAGAAGUUCAAGGAAACCGUCCACAAGUUGGAACAAGAAUCAGCUUUUUUCUUCAAUAUGAAAUAUUUUGAGGAUCAAGUUCAAGCGGGUGAAUGGGAUGAAGUCGAACGAUAUCUUUGUGGGUUCACAAAGGUUGAAGACAAUCGUUACUCAAUGAAGAUAUUCUUUGAGAUAAGGAAACAGAAAUAUCUUGAAGCCCUUGAUAGGAAUGACCGAGCGAAAGCUGUUGAAAUUCUUGUGAAGGAUUUGAAGGUGUUUUCUACAUUUAACGAAGAGCUCUUCAAGGAGAUCACCCAGCUAUUAACGCUUGACAAUUUUAGGCAGAACGAGCAGCUUUCAAAGUAUGGGGACACCAAAUCAGCACGAAGCAUUAUGCUGGUUGAGCUGAAAAAGCUGAUAGAAGCAAACCCGUUGUUCCGAGAGAAGCUUGCAUUUCCCGUAUUUAAGGCUUCACGACUGCGGACAUUGAUAAAUCAGAGUCUUAAUUGGCAGCAUCAACUUUGCAAGAAUCCACGUCCGAAUCCUGAUAUUAAAACUCUUUUUACUGAUCAUACCUGUGCUUCUAAUAAUGGAGGUCGUGCUCCUCCCCCUACCAACAGUUCCCUUGCUGGACCUGUUCCUAAAGCCGGGGUAUUUCCUACUAUUGGAGCGCAUGGUGUAAGUGUGGAUGAAUCCUUCUGUCUUAGUGUAAAUAUUGCCAUGGCCCAGGGCAAUAUAUUUAAAACAAUUUCUUCUAUGCAGCCGUUCCAGCCUGUUGUUUCUCCUUCUGCUGGUGCAAUUGCUGGGUGGAUGGCUACUGCUAAUCCUUCCAUGCCUCACACUGCUGUUGCAGCUGGACCUCCUGGCCUGGUGCAGCCUCCAGUUGCAGCUGCAUUCCUGAAGCAUCCACGGACACCUCCAGGUGCUCCUGGAUUGGAAUAUCAAAUGGCUGAUUCAGAGCACUUAAUGAAACGUGUACGUGUUGGCCCAUCUGAUGAGGUGUCCUUCUCUGGUUCAACUCAUCCCCCCAAUAUAUAUUCACCAGAUGAUCUCCCAAAAACUGUGGUUCGGGCCCUUAACCAGGGUUCCAAUGCCAUGUGCAUGGACUUUCAUCCUCAACAGCAGACUAUUCUCUUAGUUGGAACAAAUGUUGGUGAAAUAAGCAUUUGGGAGGUUGGAUCUCGAGAAAGGAUGGUGCAUAAACCCUUCAAGGUUUGGGAUAUAUCUGCUUGCUCUAUGCCAUUUCAGACAACUUUGGUAAAGGAUGCAGCAGUAUCUGUUAAUCGAUGCAUAUGGGGACCAGAUGGAUCAAUACUUGGUGUUGCCUUCUCCAAGCAUAUCGUUCAGAUAUAUACGUACAAUCCAUCAGGGGAGUUAAGGCAGCACUUGGAAAUAGAUGCCCAUGUCGGUGGUGUAAAUGAUAUUGCUUUUGCUCAUCCUAAUAAGCAACUGUGUAUUGUCACAUGUGGCGAUGAUAAGACCAUUAAGGUAUGGGAUGCUGUAGCUGGACGCAGGCAGUAUACUUUUGAGGGUCAUGAGGCUCCUGUAUAUUCCGUCUGUCCUCACUACAAAGAACAAAUACAGUUUAUUUUCUCUACUGCAAUUGAUGGGAAAAUCAAAGCUUGGCUCUAUGAUUGUUUGGGGUCGAGAGUAGAUUAUGAUGCCCCUGGCCUUUGGUGCACGACAAUGGCAUAUAGCGCUGAUGGAACCAGACUAUUCUCUUGUGGAACAAGCAAAGAAGGUGAAGCACACUUGGUUGAGUGGAAUGAGAGUGAAGGAGCUAUCAAGAGGGAAUAUUCUGGUUUUAGAAAGCGGUCUAUGGGGGUAGUACAGUUUGACACAACAAGAAAUCGUUUCUUAGCUGCUGGUGACGAGUUUCAAAUAAAGUUUUGGGACAUGGAUAGUAUCAAUAUGCUGACAGUUACCGAUGCAGAUGAUGGAUUGCCUGCAAGGCCUAGAUUAAGGUUUAACAAGGAAGGAUCGUUACUGGCAGUCACCACAAGCGACAACGGAAUUAAAAUCUUGGCAAAUGGUGAUGGGUUGCGCAUGCUACGGAUGCUAGAGAGUCGAGCGUAUGAGGGGUCUCGAGCAUUUUCUGAUACAGUCAAACCUUCAAUCCCUGGUCCAUUGGGUCCUAUCCCUAAUGCCUCUUCAUCUAUGGCAUCAGUUGUAGAACGUGAUAGAAUGCAAACUCCAUUAUCCAUCGGCAAUCUUGCUAAUGCAGAAAGCAGUAAGGUUGUGGAUAUUAAACCAAGAAUUGUGGAUGGUGCUGACAAGAUUAAAAGCUGGAAGCUCCCUGAUAUAGUUGAUUCUUCUCACCUCAAACCUCUACGGUUGCCUGAUCCAAUGGCUGCCAGCAAGGUUAUGCGGCUGAUCUAUACAAAUUCUGGGUUGGCUUUGCUUGCACUUGCUUCAAGUGCCAUUCAUAAGCUCUGGAAAUGGCAACGAAGUGAACGCAAUCCAUCUGGAAAGUCAACUGCAUCUAUCGUCCCACAAUUGUGGCAACCUACAAAUGGAGCUCUCAUGUCUAAUGAUGUAAGUGAGAGUAAACCAGCUGAAGAGUCAGCAGCAUGCAUUGCUUUGUCUAAGAAUGAUUCUUAUGUCAUGUCUGCCUCUGGUGGGAAAGUCUCCUUGUUCAACAUGAUGACUUUCAAGGUCAUGACAACUUUCAUGCCCCCGCCACCUGCAGCCACCUACUUGGCUUUCCAUCCUCAAGACAACAAUAUCGUUGCCAUAGGAAUGGAGGAUUCUACCAUACAAAUUUACAAUGUCAGGGUUGAUGAGGUAAAAAUUAAGCUCAAAGGUCAUCAAAAGCAGAUUACUGGACUUGCUUUUUCACAGACUUUAAAUGCACUGGUUUCAUCUGGAGCUGAUGCUCAGCUAUGUAUCUGGAAUAUUAAUGGAUGGGAGAAGAGGAAAUCAAGAAGCAUACAGUCACCACCUGGCCAUCCAUCCUCACUGGUUGGAGAAACUAAAGUUCAAUUCCACAAUGAUCAACGCCAUGUUCUUGUUGUACAUGAAAGUCAAAUUGCUAUUUAUGACUAUCAACUGGAAUGCUUGAGAUUGUGGUCUCCAAGAGAAUCUCUUUCUGCUCCAAUUUCAAGCGCUAUAUACUCAUGCGAUGGCUUGCUAUUAUUUACUGGAUUUUCGGAUGGUGCUGUGGGAGUUUUUGAUGCAGACAGUUUGCGACUUCGAUGUCGAAUAGCACCUUCUGCCUACAUAUCCUCAUCAAUUUCCAGCAGCAACAGCACUGCGUAUCCUGUGGUUAUUGCAGCCCAUCCAUCCGAUUCUAACCAAUUUGCUCUUGGAAUGAGCGAUGGUUCUGUUCAUGUUAUCGAGCCAGCUGAUGCAGACCCAAAGUGGGGUGGGUCAGCACCUCAGGAAAAUGGAACUCUGGCGUCAUCCAACCCUUCAAAUUCUGCGAUGAAUAGUCAGCCAUCAGAAACGCCGUCCAGAUAAAGGUACAGAAUAUAAUAGCUGGUUGAUGGAUGAUGGUUUUAAACCUUAGCAUAGUAUUGUAAAUUUUAGAUUUACAGUUUUGUACUUUUCCUUGAUAGAGAAAUUAAGAAAUAUGAGGUGGCUUACUUAAUUACUUGCUACCUUAAAAAGGGGGUUUCAAUCAGCCUUUUUUCCUCUUCAUAAUUGUUGCAUCGUAUCUUUGUUUCAAUCAAUUUUCAAGCGCUUGUGGUUGGUGUCGGUUUUUA